GAGAGGAGUUUGAGGCAAACUCACUUCAAGACGGCUAGUUCUCCUCUUGCUGAUACAAGCGCUGUGGAUUGAGGAUGGGUUCAGUCCCACUGCAUGGAGUGUUCUCUCUUUAAAACGACUUUACUGUAAUCACAAUCUAUAAAUUAAGCAAAUUUCUUUGCACUACUGCUUGGGAUUAUUUUUUGUAUGUUCACUGAAGCACAAGCAUCUCAUAGAAAAUGAGCAACAUUUACGAGUCAGCGGCCAACACCCUGGGCCUCUUCAACAGCCCCUGCCUGACCAAAGUGGAGUUACGUGUUGCCUGCAAAGGGAUAUCUGACCGGGAUGCCCUGUCCAAACCAGACCCCUGCGUCAUCCUCAAAAUGCAGUCUCACGGCCAAUGGUUCGAGGUUGACAGGACAGAGGUGAUCCGCAGCAGCAUAAACCCUGUCUUCUCCAAAGUGUUUACUGUGGACUUCUACUUUGAGGAGGUUCAGCGGCUACGCUACGAGCUCCACGACAUCAGCAGCAACCAUAACGGGCUGAAGGAGGCUGACUUCCUCGGGGCCAUGGAGUGCACACUUGGCCAGAUUGUAUCCCAGAGAAAACUUUCAAAAGCUUUACUCAAACAGGGAAACACUGCUGGAAAGUCAUCCAUCACGGUUACAGCAGAGGAGUUAUCUGGAAACGACGACUAUGUGGAGCUCUCCUUCAGUGCAAGAAAAUUGGAUGACAAGGACUUCUUCAGUAAGUCAGAUCCAUUUUUGGAAAUAUUCAGAAUAAACGACGACGGUACCGGUUCACUCGUCCACCGGACUGAGACUGUUAUGAACAAUCUCAGCCCAGUCUGGAAAUCUUUCAAAGUCUCAUUGAACACUUUGUGCAGCGGAGACCAUGACCGUGAACUAAAGUGCACUGUGUGGGACUGGGACUCUAAUGGGAAGCACGACUUCAUUGGAGAAUUUCAGACGACGUUUAAGGACAUGAAAGCAGCACUGGACGGGAGACAGUGGGAAUGUAUAAACCCAAAGUAUCAGGUCAAGAAGAAGAAUUACAGGAACUCUGGUGUUGUUAUUCUAAACCAUUGCAAGAUCAUCAAGAUGCACUCCUUCCUUGAUUACAUCAUGGGAGGAUGUCAAAUUCAGUUUACAGUAGCUAUUGAUUUCACAGCGUCUAACGGGGACCCUAGAAACAGCUGCUCAUUGCACUACAUCCACCCAUACCAACCGAACGAGUAUCUGAAGGCUCUGGUCGCCGUGGGGGAAAUCUGCCAGGACUAUGACAGUGACAAAAUGUUCCCUGCCUUUGGGUUUGGAGCUCAAAUACCACCUGACUUCAAGGUUUCUCACGAUUUUGCUGUGAACUUUGAUGAAGACAACCCAGAGUGUGCUGGUAUCCAGGGUGUUGUUGAAGCCUAUCAGAACUGCCUUCCUAAAAUCCAGCUGUACGGCCCAACCAACAUCGCUCCCAUCAUCCAGAAAGUGGCUAGCUCUGCCUCUGAGGAAAUGCACACCAAAGAGGCCAUGGAGUAUUUCAUCCUGUUGAUCCUGACGGACGGCGUCAUCACCGACAUGGCGGACACCCGGGAGGCCAUCGUGCACGCCUCCCACCUGCCCAUGUCCGUCAUCAUCGUGGGGGUGGGCAACGCCGACUUCAGCGACAUGCAGAUGCUGGACGGGGACGACGGGAUUCUGCGAUCGCCCAAGGGGGAGCCCGUCCUCCGGGACAUCGUGCAGUUUGUGCCGUUCCGCCAGUUCAAACAUGCCUCUCCUGCAGCCCUGGCAAAGAGCGUUUUAGCAGAAGUACCCAACCAGGUGGUUGACUACUACAAUGGAAAAGGAAUCAAGCCUAAGUGUCUCUCCGAUUUUGAGUCUUCCAGGACAUUCAGCCCAUGACGUUAUCACACACACUUCCACAUUGUCCGUGCAGAAAUAGCAUGUUUUGGUGAUUUCUAACUUACAGCUUUGUUGCAUGUCUGGCCCUUGAGGCCUGCAGCUGUAACCUAACAGUGUUCCUGAAGAAAUUUGUAUAUAGAGAACAAAGCAAUUAACUGACUCCUUUCCAUAAGAGCAUGUUGACUUGGAAAACAUAUACAAAAUAACUGUUUUGGUUUUUCUACAGGUUUGUUGAGAUUUUGCUAAAUUUCUUAAUAUUCUUACAUUGUAAAGUAUUUUGGAUCAAUGAAAGUCAAUAGCAGCUAUAACUGUAUUAGAUUCAUCUGCUUCGGACUGAAUAUUUUUUUUCCCAGAUAAAGCAGAAAAACGGACUGUAUUUUGCAUGUCAAUAAUAAAAAAACAGUUUUUUUGUUUUU